AUGUCGGCCCCUCUUCUGAGCUCGAUAGUCGCUGUUGUCCUUCUGAGCGUCCUCCCGUUCACGGUUCGAGCUUUCCAGCAGGAUGAGUCGACAACGAAUUGGCCGUCGCUCCACUUCCGGUUCGCUAUCAAGCGCGACGCCAUGGAAGUCCACGGCCAGUCGGAUUUCUCCUUGCUGGCCACCCCAACGGUGUCGCUCAAAGACGGCAGCAUCGAGGUGCUGUACGACACCUUUGCCGCGUUCAUGGAACACGAGAUCGUCUACAACUACACCCUCGUGAGUGGCGACGCCUACGUUGCAGGCAGCUAUCUGAACGGCUGCAAUGCGGUGGUCAAGUGCAUGGACGCAGAUAUCCUGCCACCGGUGAACGCGAUCGUGUCGGCGCUGAGUGAAGCCAAGACCGUCUCGAGUGUGUCCACCAGCAAUGGCACCGUAAUCCCGUGUCUCCCUGGCAAUGCGUUCAAGGCUUCAGUGAACGGCAUCGACUUCGGCGUCUGCUAUUCGGGCUCAGCAGGUUUCAAGAUGUUCGGAGCCGACAUGGACAUCGCAGUGGAGUACAUGGAGCAUCACGUGGAUAUUCAGGCGCCGAAGCUGAGCGACGGCGUGGACAGCGACUGCGAGGAGAUCGCCUUGCCCAGUACCGUGUCUCCCAUUGCCAAGUCAUUCCUGACGGGGGCUGCGAUCUCUCCUGAAACCUCGAGGAAGCUGGAAGCGGCCUUUGAGAUCUCGCUGGAAGAACAGUGCUCGUGCAAGUCGACGCCUCGUCCGUGCAUCUUCAUCCACGGUCUUGGCGUCCUUACUGAAGAGGAGGAGAACCUCGACUCGUACGACUACUGGGGCAGCAUGACGGGCCACACCCCGUGCUGCUCGUCGGUCAAGUACGCCAUGCUCAACACGGUGAACAACUCGUGGACGGACGAGACUCAGCAGCAAAAAGUGUGCGACCACAUCCUCGCAGUGAGCGAGACGAGCGAGGGCUCCACAGUGUCCGACACCAUCAUCGUCUCGCACUCAAUGGGUGGGCUGAUGGUGGCUGGAGCAAUCGCCAAUGGACUUUGCAUGCUCGACUCAAGCACGACGUGGGUCAGCACGGGUUCACCGAUGUCCGGGAGUAUGGCGGCCGACUACUUCCAGGAAUCCUGCAAGGACAACACCAACCUGGUAAUGGAAAAGUUUGUGGAGACCACGGGCUUUUGCCCCGCAGACGAAGGAAUCACGUCUUUGACGUACGAGCACGAAAGCUACAGCACCCCGGAGCUGGAUGAAGCGUACGAGGCUGCGAAGAAGGCGUACCGAGCCAAUGUGUACGCUGUAAUGUGCAGCAACAGCUUCUCGGGCAUCAUUUCGUCGUACCAAUUCGGCUUCUGGGUCAUGGGGGGUGUCAUUUCGCACAAAUCGCGCAAAAACGACGGCAUGGUCGAGUUCCACAGCUGCGCUGGAGGCAUCCCCAAGUCCAAAUUCGGCAAGAGCUACCGCGACCGCUUCUACGUGUCCAAGCUCAACCACUACGACGUCGCGUUCAAGACCGGUGAUGCGCUGCUGGACAAGUCCAAGAUGCCAGUCAAGUGGUUCGAGUGUCUGCUGUAG